UACUGCUAUCCGAUCGGAUAUCGCCAGGAAUAGGUCCCCCACCGCUUGCUUCUGUUUUGUUAUUAUAUAAAAAGACUUCGUUAACUAACAAGCAUCAGUCGACAAGCUAAUACAAGCCAAAGCAAAAUGUUCUCCAAAAUUGUAGUACUAUGCGCUUUGGCAGCUGCUUGCAAUGCGGGCUACAUCCACCAUGCGCCAGCGGUGUCCCACAAUAUCGUCCACCACGAAGUACCAGCGCAUUAUACGGCCCAAUCUGCCCAAUCGUACCAUGCGGCACCGGUGAUCCACACUGCGGUGUCCCACGUGGCUCCCGUGGUUCACGCCGCGCCUGUGGUCCACUCCGCGCCUGCUGCUCAUGGCUCCGGUUAUGAAGGCGAUCAUUAUGUUGGUGAAUUUGCUCACCCCAAAUACGGGUACUCUUACUCAGUAGAGGACCCUCACACCGGCGACCACAAGUCCCAACACGAAACACGCGACGGUGACGUCGUCAAAGGCGAAUACUCUCUUCUGCAACCCGAUGGAUCCUUCCGCAAAGUGACAUACACCGCUGAUCAUCACAAUGGAUUUAACGCCGUGGUCCACAACACACCGCCUGUCAUCCAUCAUCAUUAGAGGCUCGUCAAACCAACUGUGAUAUUAGCAUAAGUAGUUUAGUUCUUCCAACACAUUACACCUUCAGAUCUUCGGCUUUUGUAUGGAUUGUACAUAGUAUUUCGUUAUUAUAUUAAUAAAAAAUGUAUUAUUAUUA